AUUAAUUUCAGAUUGUAAUGAAAACAAAUAAUUAAUAUAUACAGUUACAUAUUAUUUUUCAUGUAUAUCUUACUCAUUGAUUAUAAAUAACAAUGAAAAUAUGAAUAGCAAAAGAUCAGUUUGUCGUGUGUGUUUAAAAUCAGAACAAAACAAAUACAUAUCAUUGUAUAAAAAAUACAAACAUUACUUGUUAUUUGAAUAUAUAAACGCCCUAACUACUAUUGAAAUCAAACACCGAGAUGGUUUUCCUGAUAAAAUAUGUGAAUCUUGCUUUGAACAACUACAAACUGCAAUAAGUUUUAAAGAAAAAUGUGAAUUGUCCAAUAUUGCCUUACAAAACUAUAAUUUUAAAGACGAGAUACAUACUGACAGCGGUAAUAAUGUAAAAAUAAAGAUAGAAGAAUAUAAAGAAAGUGAAGUUAAAUUGGAGAAGGAUAAUAGUGAGGAAUAUUUAAAUUAUGAUGAUUUAAGUGUAGACAGUGCUGACAAACCACUCACAAUCAUUUUAGAAACUUAUGAUGUACCUAAGAUUAAAUCAGUAGAACAGAAUUUCGAAUGUGAUGACUGUGGGGACAUAUUUAGAUCCAAAUGCAAGUUAAGAGUUCACUGGAAAAAGGUUCAUAUGCCUAAAAGCUUAAUAUGCGAAGAUUGUAAAAGAACAUUUAAGAGUUACAAAGCUCUAAACAUGCAUAAGAAAAAAAAGACUAAAAGCUGCAUAGUUGCUACUGAUAGCAAUGUAUCUAUAGAGGGAAUUGGUAAGACGAGAGUAUUCGUUUGUAAAGAAUGUAAUUACAAGACAUCGAGGAUCAAAGAUAUGUCAUCACAUCUGGUCACACACAGCGGUGAGAGACCAUUUCAAUGUAAUCUUUGUCCAAAUACAUAUACCCAAUACAGUUCUCUUCAAGGACACAAGGAAGGAGCACACCAGAACUAUUUAGUUGAAAUUACCUGCCAUUUUUGUGGUAAAUAUGUUAGGGGACGUCGAAAUGUAUAUAGACAUCUCAAAAGUCACACGGAACAAAAGGUUUCUUGUACGAUAUGUAAGAAAGUUAUGAAUAAAUUGAGUUAUCACACUCAUAUGAAAAGACAUAGCGGUGUUAAGUCGUAUACAUGUGAGAAGUGUGCAUCAACAUUUUACACCAGUGCCGAGUUGUGCAAUCAUAAGCGGUGGGUUCAUAACAAGAAAGAGAAUUAUUUCAAAUGUGAUUUAUGCGAUUAUAAAUGUGCAAAAGCGUAUAAUGUUAAACAACAUCAAAGUAAACAUACAGACAAAAAUUUUCCUUGUACAUUUUGUGGUCGGUUUUAUCUCAGUCCUGAUAAAUUAGCGUCUCACGAAAGAUCACAUUAUGAUGAAAAGAAAUACUCAUGUCCUCAGUGUCAUUUGAAAUUCUUCAAUCGUGACUCCGUUAGGAAGCAUAUGAAGUUGAAGCAUUCAUUGACUAUCAUCACAGAACAGAAGUCCGUAACAGUUGAAGUUAAGAAAGAGAAUGAGAUCCUUUCACAGACUCAAAAUGAUGACCUAAUCAUUGAAAUUGACGCAAAACCCUUUGAUUAAUAUUGUAAUUAAUCAUAAUAUUUUCAUUAAUCAAUUCUAGUCAUUCAUAAAACUUCGUAAAAUAUUAAAUUUGUAACAUAUUUCAUCAUAAUAAGUGUUAUAUGUGUGUGUACUUUUUUAAUGGAGGUAGAUAAAAAAAGAUAGAAAAUUAAAGAGUGAUUACUAUGAAUGUUUCCAAUUAUGGUAUACAUACUACAUACAUACUAUCCCAUAAGGAAUUUUAUAUAAAUAUAUUUAAACAAUUUUAAUUAUUCCAGUAUUAAUUUGUUACUAAGUUUUGAUAAAAUAUUGUAAAUAUUAUAAUUAUAUAUUUUACUGAAAAUAUUAUUACUAGUAUAACAUAGUAUUCAUAAAUGAUAAUAAAC